AAAUCUCUUCAAACACCUCUGUCUCUCUCUGUCUCUCUCUCUCUCUCUCUCUCUCUACUGUUACUGGCCAUUAAUGCCUGCAUCAUAUGAAGUUGAAGAAGGUAGAUCCACAGCAGCACCCUCCAAAAACCAUCCGAAUCCAAAUCCAAAUCCAUCCUCAAACCCAGAUUCCACCCGGGAAAGAUGAAGCUCCUCUCCCUCUAUUCCAAGAACCACCACCACCACAACGUCCCCGACACCACGGCGUCGACCUGGCCGUGGCCUUACUGCCACCAGCCCCGCACCCUCUCCUUCCGCGACGCCGAUCCCGUCCCCAUCUUCAAGACCAUCAACUCCGCCUUCGUUCUCGACCCCGCCGCCGACGCCUCCGACGCCUCCGACGCCUCCGACCCCUCCUUCCCGAUCGCCGCCGCCGCCGCCGCCUCCUCCUCCUCGGAAGAGUCCCCUAGCUUCUCCACCGCCCAUUCCGAGCUGCCCGACGACCGCGCCGAUGGCGGCGGCGGCGGCGACGAUGACGCCGCCGUCGAGUGCGUCAUCCGCGGCGCCCGCUCCGAGCGCCGGCUCUUCUUCGAGCCCAGCCGGGGCGACACCAGCUCCAUCCUCGCGGACCCGCGCUCCCUGUCAAAUGCGGAACCAAAUGAAGAUGUUUGCGAGGCGAACGAGGAGGAGGAGGAGGAGAACGACGGCGACGUGGCGGCGUUUAAGAAGGAGGACGUGACGUUGCUGGCGAUGGAGUCGAGAGACCCGUACGAGGACUUCAGGAAGUCAAUGGAGGAGAUGGUGGAGGCUCACGGCGUGAAGGGCGACGACUGGGAGUGCCUCGAACAGCUCCUCUGCUGUUACUUGCGGGUCAACGACCGGGACAACCACGGCUACAUCUACGGCGCCUUCGUGGACUUGCUCGUGGACGGCGAUCGCCUCCGCCGUCGUAGUCAUCAAUGUCGUAUCCCUGGUCAUCAGUCUCCUUCGUCCCCGCUGUCGCUGUACAACACCUCGUCCUCGUCGCUGUCGUCCUCUUCGUCGUCGUCCUUGUCCGCGCGCCGCGUUUCCAUCUCGGAAGCGGAGGAAACCGUCAGCGAAACCACGCCGUGCUCGUCGUCGUCGGGAGUCUCUCUGGAGGCCGUGGAAGAUGAAGGAGGACGACUACGCCGGUAGCUCUUCCUCUUCUUCGGGUUCGUUUGAUCGAUAAAGUUCGGUAGAAAUCAAUGUAUGUAUUCUGCAUUUAGGUCGGGAGCCCAAAAUUAAUGAUAGUGCAAGGGUUUUGAUGAGUCUCA